AUGGCAGCAGCAACGGACGUGGACGUGGACGCGGUGAUCAGCAAGCUGCUGGAGGUCCGCGGCAGCCGCCCCGGCAAGCCCGUGCAGCUCACCGAAGCAGAAAUCAGGGGAUUAUGUCAGAAGUCCCGCGAGAUAUUUAUAGCGCAGCCAAUUCUCUUAGAACUCGAGGCCCCGAUCAAGAUCUGCGGCGACAUCCACGGCCAGUACUACGACUUGCUGCGCCUCUUCGAGUACGGGGGCUUUCCCCCGGAGGCCAACUACCUUUUCCUCGGCGAUUACGUCGACAGGGGCAAACAGAGCCUCGAAACUAUCUGUCUUUUGCUGGCUUACAAGAUCAAAUACCCCGAGAACUUCUUCCUCCUCAGAGGCAACCACGAGUGCGCCUCGAUCAACCGCAUCUACGGCUUCUACGACGAAUGCAAGAGGCGGUACAACGUUAAGCUGUGGAAGACUUUUACGGAUUGUUUUAACUGUCUUCCAGUCGCAGCUAUAAUAGACGAAAAGAUCCUUUGUAUGCACGGCGGCCUCUCGCCAGAACUUAACUCUAUGGACCAAGUCAGGCGCAUAGUGCGCCCAACAGACGUACCCGAUACGGGCCUUUUGUGUGACCUGCUGUGGUCGGAUCCUGAAAAGGAAAUAGCGGGGUGGGGCGAAAACGACAGAGGGGUUUCGUUUACUUUUGGCCAAGACGUUGUUCACAACUUCUUACGAAAGCACGACCUAGACCUUAUCUGCCGCGCUCAUCAGGUUGUGGAGGAUGGCUACGAGUUCUUUGCCAAGAGGCAACUGGUGACUCUGUUCAGCGCCCCAAAUUACUGCGGUGAAUUUGACAACGCGGGCGCGAUGAUGUCCGUUGACGAGACUCUGAUGUGCUCAUUUCAGAUAUUGAAGCCUGUGGAAAAGAAAAAGGGAAUUAACAAGUAA